UGCGCAGGGCUGCCCAGCAGUACGGCCUCCGAGAGGGAGGGGAAAGCGACGACUGGACUCUGUACUGGACCGACUUCUCGGUGUCGCUGGAGCGGGUGAUGGAAAUGAAAAGUUACCAGAAAAUCAAUCACUUCCCGGGGAUGAGUGAAAUCUGUCGCAAGGACUUGCUGGCCAGGAAUAUGACCCGCAUGUUAAAGCUGUUUCCUAAAGAUUUCCACUUUUUCCCUCGGACCUGGUGUCUUCCUGCCGACUGGGGAGAUUUGCAGAACUACAGCAGGUCAAGAAAAAAUAAGACAUACAUUUGUAAGCCGGAUUCAGGCUGCCAAGGGAGAGGUAUAUUCAUCACCCGGACGGUGAAAGAAAUCAAACCAGGGGAGGACAUGAUCUGUCAGCUCUAUAUUUCAAAGCCCUUUAUCAUCGACGGGUUCAAGUUUGACCUACGAAUUUACGUGCUGAUGACAUCCUGUGACCCUCUCAGGAUUUUUACGUAUAAUGAGGGACUGGCCCGCUUCGCCACCACCUCCUACUCUCACCCUUGCACAGAAAACCUGGAUGACGUCUGCAUGCACCUGACUAAUUACUCCAUUAAUAAGCACAGCUCCAAUUUCAUUCAAGAUGCUCACUCCGGCAGCAAGAGGAAGCUCUCCACCUUCAACAAGUACAUGGAGAGCCACGGCUACAAUGUGGAUCAGGUAUGGAGAGAUAUCGAGGAUGUCAUCAUCAAGACCAUCAUCUCGGCCCACCCCAUCAUCAAGCACAACUACCACACCUGCUUCCCCAACCACACGCUCAACAGCGCCUGCUUUGAGAUCCUGGGCUUCGACAUUUUGUUGGACCGCAAACUCAAGCCCUGGCUGCUGGAGGUCAACCACUCUCCGAGCUUCUCCACGGACUCCCACGUGGACAAAGAGGUGAAGGACAGGCUGCUGUAUGACACCUUGGUCCUGAUCAACCUGGGAAGCUGUGACAAAAAGAGAGUCUUGGAGGAGGAGAGACAACGGGGCCGGUUCCUGCAGCAGUGUCGUUCUCGGGAGAGCAGGAUCGAGGAAGUCAAGGGUUUCCAGGCCUUGCGUCUGGCGAUGACUGAGAAGUAUGAGAAGGAGAACUGUGGAGGGUUCCGCAUGAUUUAUCCCAGCCUGAGUUCGGAGAAGUAUGAGAAGUUCUUCCAGGACAGCAGCUCCCUCUUCCAGAACACUGUCGCCUCCAGAGCCCGGGAGCUGUAUGCCCGGCAGCUGAUUCAGAAGCUGAGGCUAAAAGAGGAGAAAAAAUCCUUCCAAACAAAAGAAAAGAAGGUAGAGAUGCAGGGGGAGUCGGCGGGUGAACAAGCGAGAGGCAAGGGCUUGAAAAGCUGGCAACAGACGCAACAGCAGAAGUACAAGGCCGCCGCCACCUACGCCUCCAAACAAUCCUUCCAGCCAUUGACUUUAGAGUCCUGUGCACUUGACAUGCUCUUGAAUGUCAGAGAUGAAAAGAAAAAUGAGACAGAGAGCAGCCUUGACCAGGAGACCCCCAAGGAGGAGGACGACCCUGCUCCUCCCAAGCCUGCGUCUGCGAGACAUUGCUCCUCCGUACCCGACCUCAGAAAUUCAAGGUUUUUCAGCUGCUCUGGGCUGGAGCUCAGUAAACCCACCUUCGGAAUCAAGGAAGCCAAGUCUGCCUCUGCGGUGAACAUAUUCACUGGCACUGUGCCCUUAACUUCAGCAGAAACCUCCGAAUCGGCUACCCAGGUCUCGGACUCCCCUGAGUCUCUCCUGAGCACCAUGGUGACGAUCAGCUCCGAAUGCAGCAGCCCAGAGAUGGACAGGGUGGUCUCUUUUACAUGCGAGAAACAGCAAAUUGCUGAGCACUUCCUCCAGGGGAAAAUACCAAAAAUUUCUCUGCCUAUGGCAUCCCAACACUUCUUGGGGAAUCUGAACCCGAGAUGGGCUUUACUAAAGAAUAACCUGAAGAAGCGGCAUCUGUCAGAGCUACUCACCAAGGCUCAACUGAGGGAGAAGUUCUCCUUGCCCCCAGCUCUCUACAAUUCAAAGCUGGUGUUAAAUAACCAGUCACAAAACUCCUCCUCGCCCCAGGAGUGCUACUUCCACAGCCAGAGCUCUGGUGGGAAGAGGCCGCUGGACGUGUCCUCCCUCCUCCUCUUGAAGAAUUCUCCCAGCCGUGGUGCUUCUGUGAGCGAUCUAGUGGUGAUUGCCACUUCAGCCCCACUGGGUCCGAGGCCUGGCAGAAGAUAUGCAGGUGCUAUGAGGGACCCGUGUAUACAGCAUCAGGAAGCGUACAGUCACUGCCUGAUCGCUGGCCAAAAACCAUGUGACAGGAAAUAGAAUCAGGCUGGAUCUCUGCUAUUUCCCCCUUUUUUUACUUUUCUAUUCCCAGGAAGUGAUUUGUCUCUCCUUACAGUGUUUGCAAUGCCCAUAGGAUCAACCAAAGUUUUGUCUCCUCUAGAUAUCCCGGUCUUGUAACUGCCUCCUGUUAGUGCCAUUGAGGCCGAUAGCCUUGCCUUUUGUGCCCUCCUAGUGAACUUCCUGUGCUGCAGGACCAUGACUUCUGGGAGUUACUGGUGCUGUCCCAGAACAUGCCCCAGUUCUGGUGUCAUUCCUAUGGGUCCCUCACAUGUCACCGUCGUCAAGAACUCUCCCCCAGAAGAGCAAUGUGAAGAGAGGAAUGUUUCAGAGAAGGACUCACAAUUUCCAAGAAUCCAAAGCCCUCAGUCCACCAACAGGCCUGUGUCCGUUGGUCUUCAACUCCAAAGAGAAAAGGCAGGGAAAGGGCUUGGCAUGACAGAGAACCCAGAGCCUGGGGCAGCUGUAACCACCAGGUUCAGAGCACACCCCCUCCCAUCCCAGCCACCUCAGUGCCCAAACACCUACCGCCCUGACCAGUCCGACUCAUCUCGCCAGUAAAGACAGAGUGAGGUGAGAGCACCGCGCCUGCAGAUGUGUCUCCCAUCAACCCACAGAAAUGAUGUAUU